CCUCGGCCCCCGCGCCCCGCCGGGGCCGCUCGGUGCGCCGCCGCGGCCUGCGGGAGCCGCGCGCCCGGCCCCGCCGCCGCCCCCCCGGCCCGCAGCCCGGCCCGCCCGCGAGACCCCGGCCCGGCCCGCCGCCCGCACAAGAUGUCGGCCCGGACGCCAUUGCCGACGGUGAACGAGCGGGACACGGAGAACCACACGUCUGUGGAUGGAUAUACCGAAGCACUUGUCCAGCCGACCAAGGUGAGCAGCAGACAGAACGUCCCUCGGUGUCGAAACUCCAUCACCUCAGCCGCGGACGAACAGCCGCACAUCGGGAAUUACCGUUUACAAAAAACCAUCGGGAAGGGAAAUUUUGCCAAAGUGAAAUUGGCGAGACAUGUUCUGACUGGAAGAGAGGUUGCUGUGAAAAUAAUAGACAAAACUCAGCUAAAUCCUACCAGUCUACAAAAGUUGUUUCGAGAAGUACGAAUAAUGAAGAUACUGAAUCACCCCAACAUAGUAAAAUUGUUUGAAGUUAUCGAAACAGAGAAGACCCUCUAUUUAGUCAUGGAAUACGCGAGUGGGGGUGAAGUGUUUGAUUACUUAGUUGCCCAUGGAAGAAUGAAGGAGAAAGAGGCCCGGGCAAAGUUUAGGCAGAUUGUAUCUGCUGUACAGUAUUGUCAUCAGAAGUGCAUUGUUCACCGUGAUCUUAAGGCUGAGAACCUUCUCCUUGAUGCUGACAUGAAUAUUAAAAUUGCUGACUUUGGUUUUAGUAAUGAGUUUACAGUCGGGAACAAGUUGGACACGUUCUGCGGGAGCCCCCCGUACGCGGCCCCGGAGCUCUUCCAAGGGAAGAAGUACGACGGGCCCGAGGUGGACGUCUGGAGCCUUGGCGUCAUCCUCUACACCUUAGUCAGUGGCUCCUUGCCUUUCGAUGGCCAGAAUUUGAAGGAGCUGCGGGAGCGAGUCCUGCGAGGGAAGUACCGCAUUCCCUUCUACAUGUCCACCGACUGCGAGAACCUUCUGAAGAAGCUCUUAGUGCUGAACCCCAUAAAGAGAGGCAGCCUGGAACAAAUAAUGAAAGAUCGGUGGAUGAAUGUUGGUCAUGAAGAAGAAGAACUAAAGCCAUAUGCUGAGCCUGAACCAGAUUUCAAUGAUGCAAAAAGAAUAGACAUCAUGGUCACCAUGGGUUUUUUACGAGAUGAAAUAAAUGACGCCUUAAUAAAUCAGAAAUAUGAUGAAGUCAUGGCUACUUACAUUCUUCUAGGUAGAAAACCACCUGAAUUUGAAGGCGGAGAAUCAUUGUCCAGUGGAAACUUGUGUCAGCGGUCGCGGCCGAGCAGCGACCUCAACAACAGCACCCUGCAGUCCCCUGCUCACCUGAAGGUCCAGCGGAGCAUCUCAGCCAAUCAGAAGCAGCGGCGCUUUAGUGAUCACGCUGGUCCAUCCAUUCCCCCUGCCGUAUCAUAUACCAAAAGGCCUCAGGCCAACAGCGUGGAAAGUGAGCAGAAAGAGGAGUGGGACAGAGAUGUGGCUCGUAAACUUGGCAGCACAACAGUUGGAUCAAAAAGCGAGAUGACUGCAAGCCCUCUUGUAGGGCCGGAAAGGAAAAAGGCUUCAACUAGUCCAAGUAACAAUGUGUAUCCUGGAGGCAGCAUGGCGAGAAGGAACACAUACGUCUGUGAGAGGACCACAGAUCGAUACACAGCCCUGCAGAAUGGAAAAGACAGCAGCCUCACGGAGAUGUCCGCAAGCAGCAUAUCUUCCGCAGGCUCUGCCGUGGCCUCUGCUGUCCCCUCAGCCCGACCCCGCCACCAGAAGUCCAUGUCCGCUUCUGGUCAUCCUAUCAAAGUCACACUGCCAACCAUUAAAGACAGCUCUGAAGCUUACAGGCCCGGUACGAGCCAGCGAGUGCCUGCCGCGUCCCCCUCGGCUCACAGCAUCAGCGCCAGCACGCCCGACCGAACCCGCUUCCCCCGGGGCAGCUCGAGCCGCAGCACCUUCCACGGGGAGCAGCUCCGCGAGCGCCGCAGCGCCGCCUACAGCGGGCCGCCCGCCUCCCCCUCGCACGAGCCCGGCGCCUUCGCCCACGCCCGGAGGGGCACGUCCACCGGUAUCAUAAGCAAACUCACCUCCAAAUUCGUCCGCAGGGAUCCAAGUGAAGGCGAAGCCAGUGGCAGAGCCGACACCCCAAGAAGUACCACAGGGGAACCAAAAGAAAGAGACAAGGACGAGGGCAAAGACUCCAAGCCCCGCUCUCUGCGGUUCACGUGGAGCAUGAAGACCACCAGUUCCAUGGACCCCAAUGACAUGAUGAGAGAAAUUCGCAAAGUGUUAGAUGCCAACAACUGUGAUUAUGAACAAAAAGAGAGGUUUCUGCUUUUCUGCGUCCAUGGCGAUGCCAGGCAGGACAGCCUCGUGCAGUGGGAGAUGGAGGUCUGCAAGCUGCCCCGACUGUCCCUCAACGGCGUUCGCUUCAAGCGAAUAUCCGGGACCUCUAUUGCCUUUAAGAACAUUGCAUCCAAAAUAGCCAACGAGCUUAAGCUGUAAAGCAGCUGGGACCUAGAGGAGCAGGGAAGAUACGUCCGUAUGAGGUACAGGUUUUGAAUGUACUGGUAAAUGCCCAAUGUGAUUGGCCCGUGGCUCUCCCCAUGUAGAAUUUGCCCUUAUCGCAAUAAGGUUAUACAUAGUCAUGAACUGUAAAAUGAAAGUCCGUAUGAACUAUAAUAAAUACCUGUAGCUAAAAAAAGUAGGUUCACAUGUACAGGUAAGUAUAUUGUGUAUUUCUGUUCAUUUUCUGUUUAUAGAGUUGUAUAAUAAAACAGAUGAUUGCUUACAAACUUGUAUAGUUGUCUAGAUUUCUGCACGUAAAUGUAUGUUUGAUGCUUUUGAGUUGCAAGUGUUUUUUCUGUUACUUACAUUCUGGUGGGUUUUUACAAUUCUUACCUCCAUAAUGCAGUUUUGAACAUUGUGUCCAGAACUAAAAGUGAACAGAAAUAGUCUUUACAAUUGUAGCAUGGACUUUUAAAGAUUAUUUUUCAAUCAUAUUUAAAUUUAAACCAGAAGCUGGCAACUCGGUCAGCCCUAUGGUACACAGAAAUGAUUCCUGCUUAUCUUUGCUCUCAUCCUUGUCAUCAAGACAAGGUUUAGUGGAGAAGGUGCCGUGUUUACACUGUUGGCACUCAAGAGUUUGUAAAAUCAAGUACAUGAAAAUAAUAGUAGCUUGGCUUCCAGCUAAGAAGUUCUAGGGCAGAAGUUAAACCUGCAUCAGAUUUCUUUUGCAUUUUAAAGGGUUUUCUGGCCCACUGCCCAUUGUAGCAGCAAAAUUAAAAAGCGUCACUACUUCACCUGGCAACAGUAAUGUAACCUAUCGCUCAGGGCUGCUGCCCUUGCAAAUCCCACACCUUAACGCGGACCGACAGGCGCACCGGGACUGCUGCGUAGCACAGACGCGGCUUUACAGUGUCCAUCGGCGCAUCGGUUAAAAACUAAUGCCACCUCAGGAAUGAACUGGCAUUGGGGACGUUUGCCUCAUGCUCCUCCUAGCCUCUUUUUCCACCCCAACUCAGUAAUAUCUGUCAUCCCUUAAGAGACUUCUGAGCAAAACCUGCUAUUUAUAACAGCACAGUAUUGAUUUAUGCUUAUGUGGGUGUUCAGUUGGUUCCCAUGUAACCUGUUUGUUUUUAAUACUUUGCCACAUUUCUUGUAUUUAUGCCACAUCGUCAUGCCUCUGAUGUGCAGCUUUGUAACUGGGCCUUUGCCCACUUUCCUUCCAUCAUCAGUGAUGUACGCAAUGUAAAACCACUAGUAAAAGUUCAUUUGAAUACUUGUCAUUUUAUACUGAAUUAGCCUUGGAGGUUGACUGUGCAAUGUUACUGAAUGUUGUAAUUAGUGUAAUAUCCACAUGGAUCCCCCAUCUGCACACUCCUGAGAAGGAGAAAGUGUGUUCAAAUUUUAUCAGUUUAAAGAAGAAUAAAGCUGUGAUCAGCACGGUAAUUCUAGCCCACACGAGAAAGCUCUCCCUGUAGGCGACGUGCCGUCCCCAUGGUGGCUUCCAGACUAGGGCGAUCUGGACUGGACUGCGACGUAGCUCUUCUUCUGUGACAGUUUCAUCCUAAAACGAAGUGUAUUUUUGCCUUAGCAGAGGAUGCUGUUGGAAAAAAAACAACCGUGUCACCCCCUUUUUCAGCUAGUGUUCGUUGCCCAAAAGUUGAUGCAAAUCUCUCUUCAUGCUCACUGGUGCACACACUGAAAUUUUACUUGAACCGUUCUCAUAAUAAAGCACUUGUCUUUUGCUCUUUA